GGCCGCCUCCUCCUGGCGCGCGGCUGUUGUGAGACGUGGCAGUUCGGGAGCGUCCCCCCACCCCCUCCCCCCCGUCGCGCGUCGUUGCCGUUGCUGCUGCCGCGGAGCCGUGUCCGGCGCGAGCCGCAGGGGGCUGCGCGCGCCGCUCAGGUACCGCCGACCCCUAAUAAGGACUUUUAUUUGGAGUGAGAAAACUGUCAGCAUGAGUCAGCCAGGUUAUGUUGCGACACCUCCUUAUUCCCAAUCUCAGCCGGGAAUGGGAGGCUUUUCUACAGGACUUGGCCCUCCUACUUCUUCACCUCAUUAUGGGCAUUAUGGUGGCCCUAAUUCUUUGUACUCAGCACCUCAGUCAGGUAUGUUGAAAUCAACUGUGCCUUUUGGAUCUUCUGCUCCUGUUGGAUCCCCACCUCCUGGUACCCACCUGUAUAAUCAGACCAAUCUCCAGAAUGGGCCCAGUACACCAGGGCAUCAGCAACACAGGUUUCAAGGUCCUUCACCUGGCAGCAGUGUACCACCUUCCUAUCCUCCCUACAGUCAUCAGUCACAGCCACCAUAUGCAAAUACUGCAUCCUCUUCAUCCACAGCCCAACUGGCUAAUCAGCUUGGCACCAUGCAGAUAAAUACCUAUGGUCCUGGUGCUUCUCCAAGCUCUCGCAUGUCCUCUGGACCUCCAGCAUCUUUUCAAGGUCUGCCACCGCCACCAACACAGCCACAAAUGGCCUUACCGCCAGGGGCUCAGAUUCCUCCAACACCAGCAAAUAAUCUGAAUGGAAUUUGUACUCCACCCUCAUUGCCUCCACUGGCCAUGCAAGAUGGGAUCCCUGGAUCUGGCCCGCCAAAUGCCAAUUUACAGCAACUUCCAGGACAACCCCCAGGGCCUGGGUAUCACCCUCAGCAUGCAACCUAUGGCCCUCAGAUGGCAGGAUCUCAGCUCUCUUAUCCUGGUGCUUUUCCUGGUGGUCCAGGCCAACUUGCAGGUCCACCGCAGAAGAAGCUUGAUCCUGAUUCCAUUCCAAGCCCAAUUCAAGUAAUUGAAAAUGACAAGGCUUCUAGAGGAGGUCAAACUUAUGCUACAAAUAUCAGAGGUCAAGUUCCUCCUCUUGUCACCACAGAUUGUGUGGUGCAAGAUCAAGGUAAUGCCAGCCCUCGUUACAUCCGAUGUACAACAUACUGCUUUCCAGCCUCUUCAGAUAUGGCCAAACAGGCUCGGAUUCCGCUCGCAGCUAUUGUCACUCCUUUCGCUAUUGUUCCACCAAGUGAGACCGCUCUCUACAUUGUUAACCACGGGGAGACUGGGCCAAUCCGAUGCAAUAGAUGCAAAGCCUAUAUGUGUCCCUUCAUGCAAUUUAUUGAAGGGGGAAGAAAGUAUCAAUGUGGAUUUUGCAGCUGUGUAAAUGAUGUCCCUCCAUUCUUUUUUCAACAUCUGGACCACGUUGGCAGAAGAGUGGACCACUACGAGAGGCCAGAGUUAUCUCUAGGAUCUUAUGAAUUUGUUGCUACCUUGGAUUACUGCAGAAACAACAAACCUCCAAAUCCACCAGCCUAUAUCUUCAUGAUUGAUGUAUCAUACAGUAACAUAAAGAGUGGCCUUGUGAAACUCAUCUGUGAUGAGCUGAAGACUCUGCUGGAUAAACUACCAAGAGAAGAGCAAGAAGAGGCCUCACCUAUUCGAGUUGGUUUCGUUACUUAUAACAAAGUCCUCCAUUUCUUUAAUGUAAAGAGCAACCUGGCACAGCCUCAGAUGAUGGUAGUAUCAGAUGUUGGAGAAGUCUUCGUUCCAUUGUUGGAUGGCUUCCUUGUCAACUUUCAGGAAUCACGAUCUGUCAUUAGCAACUUGUUGGACCAGAUUCCAGAGAUGUUUGCAGACACUAAUGAGAGUGAGACUGUCUUUGCUCCUGUUAUCCUGGCUGGCAUGGAAGCACUAAAGGCAGCAGAAUGUGCUGGAAAGCUGUUUAUCUUCCAUUCAUCAUUGCCGACUGCUGAAGCACCAGGGAAACUGAAAAACAGAGAUGACAAAAAACUAGUCAAUACAGAUAAAGAGAAGACACUUUUCCAGCCCCAGGUAAAUUUUUAUGAGACUCUGGCUAGAGAUUGUGUAGCUAAUGGCUGCUGCGUGAAUCUGUUCCUGUUCCCGAACCAGUAUGUGGAUAUAGCCUCCAUGGGUCUUGUCACAAUGUACACAGGAGGAACUCUGUACAAGUACAACAAUUUCCAGGUACAUUCCGACAGUCCCCAAUUCCUUAGCGACCUUAGGAAGGACGUAGAAAAAAGAACAGGAUUUGAUGCUAUCAUGCGGGUUCGCACAAGUACAGGUUUCAGAGCCACAGACUUUUUUGGUGGCAUUUACAUGAAUAACACGACAGAUGUAGAAAUGGCAGCAAUAGACUGUAACAAAGCAGUCACUGUGGAAUUCAAGCAUGACGACAAACUGAAUGAAGACACUGGCGCUUUAAUUCAGUGUGCUGUGCUUUACACAACCAUAAGUGGACAAAGACGACUCCGUAUACAUAAUAUUGGCUUAAACUGUAGUUCCCAGUUAGCUGAUGUCUACAAGAGCUGUGAGACAGAUGCUCUUAUAAACUUCUUUGCUAAAUCAGCUUUCAAAGCCAUUCUUACCCAGCCAUUGAAGACUGUCAGAGAGAUUCUGAUGAAUCAGACUGCUCACAUGCUGGCAUGUUACAGAAAGAACUGUGCCAGCCCAUCUGCAGUAAGCCAGCUCAUCCUUCCUGAUGCAAUGAAGGUGCUGCCAAUAUAUAUGAAUUGUUUGUUAAAAAGUUGUGUCCUAGUUGGCAGACCAGAAAUUCCAACAGAUGAAAGAACUUACCAUAGGCAGCUAGUCAUGUCUAUGGAUGUAGCCAACACACAGCUGUUUUUCUAUCCACAGCUUUUGCCAAUUCACAACAUGGAUGUAAAAAGUGAUGCUUUCCCCACCUCAGUCCGUUGCUCAGAGGAGCGUCUGUCUGAAGGAGGAGUGUUCUUCCUGGCAAAUGGCUUAAAUAUGCUCUUGUGGCUCGGAGUCAGUGCCCCACCUGAGAUUAUUCAAGGCAUCUUUAAUGUACCAUCCUUUGCACAUAUCAGCACCGAAGCUACACAGCUGCCUGAAUUGGACAAUCCAUAUUCUAAGAAGCUCAGAUCAAUAAUGAAGCAUAUCCAGAGCCAAAAGCCUUACUCCAUGAAGCUGAUAAUAGUGAAGCAACGAGAACAGCCAGAGAUGCUUUUCCGCCAAUUCCUGGUGGAAGACAAAAGUAUUUAUGGAGGAGCUUCUUAUGUGGACUUUCUGUGUUGUGUCCAUAAAGAGAUCUGUCAGCUGCUCAACUGAAGGAAUUGAAUAUAUUCUGAUAAAUAUCCUUUUUAUUAGUAAGAGGGACCUUCUGCUUGGUGACUAAAGUCCAGAUCCUCAAAGGUAUGCAAGUACAUAAUUUCCCAUCAAUUUCAAAUACCUUUGAGGAUCUGGGCCUAACUCCAAAUAGUGUUUUACCAAGCUUUUCCUAUGCUACUUUUGUACAGUUUCUGAUUUCAGACACUAAUGCUCACUCUUGGAGUAUCAAGUUUACCUAUUAAGAUGUAGACUAGGACAUUUUCGCUCAGGUAUAAAAUCUUUGGGAGGGGCUUUACUGUUCUUUUUCAAAAGGGUCUGUUUGUAAUUGUGAAAUUUCAAACUACCAAGCUUAAAGCUUAUGGUUUGCAUUUCCUAAAUAUCAAGAUAGAUGGAUAGUUUAACAGAAUGUUAGUGUUCUUCAUUAUUUGUCCACUCUGUUAUUCAUAUAAAUUGUAUGAUAGCCAAGAAAAUACCAAGCAAAAGUCUCCACCAUAAAAAAGGUUAUUAAUGUUAUUAGUAAACUCCACCAAACAUACAGAGUUUUUCUAACAAAACCAAAACAUUUAAAUAUCAAAUUUGCAAUAAUAUUUAAAGUGUUUUUAUAGUAGCCUGCUCCUUUCAUACUUGUCAGUAUAUAACAGUGUUGAUCAUUUGGGACCAUUUUCAACACUUGCGUAUUAGCAAGUUAUAAAAUACACAUGAAAUGCUUCAUGGUUUCUCUUCUUGAUAGGUAUGGGGUUAUAACUAAACUACUUCUACAAAAGAAAACGAGAACUAACGUUGGUCUCACCUUUAAUGUACAAAACAGAGCAGACUGUUCAGGCAUGUGACCCUUCUAUGGAAAAGCCCUCAAAUCUACUCUGCCGAUAAAUAGCAUGGCUUUCUCUUCCCUGCAAAUUACAGUGCUAUCAAAAGCAAAGGGUGCUGCACAGAACUACCUCUGUUUAACCAGGUGCAGAUCAGUAGUAGGCAUGUCUUGUUUUAUAUAGACUAGCUUUAUUCCAGCCCUGAUCUGAAAUCAACCCACACAAGACUUUGAACUACUUUACUAGAAGGAUUCACCAUGGGACUAUACUAAAGUACACCUUGACUUUUCAGAUAAUUGAUUGGAGAUUGUGUCAGUGCAGGUCUUGCUAUCUGGUGGGGAUGGAUGGGCUCAGAUUAUCAUCUUCCAUUGAUUUUUUUUUUUUUUAAGAUGCCACAGAUACUAGUAUGUGGCUGGUCCCGGGUACAGAAAAAAGUUUCUGUCUAGAGUUGGGCCUGUCUGUUUGGCUGUGCAUCAUCCUGUGGGGGUAUAUAUAACCAAGCUUGUAUCAUAGAAUGUACAAGAGAAGGGAAAGGACUGUAGUAAACAGUAAUGAGUUAUCUUGCUUUUGCUGUAUAUCUACACUAGUUAUAGGCUAGCUUCUUAGGGCACAUCUACACAUCGCUGUACAGCACGCUAUGGCGACAUAGUGAUCACCUUCGAAAAGGAAAUACUAAAGCACAGCGCUAUAGCAACAUCACCAUACAGCGACGUGUAGAUGCACUCUUACUGAGCUAAAUCAUUGCUAGCAGAAGUCAGUACAACUCUCUUGUCUUUGGCACAAUAAUGAAUUUGGCCUAAUAAAAACAGGUUUCUAUUUGCAAUGAAAAUGUAACUGUGCUGAUCAAAAAUGACAGUCAAUUUAUUAUUACAGUUAUUACAACAGGAAUAUUCACAACUUGACUUAAGAGGAAUUUAUAAUACAAGUUUGAGCUAAACAUUUGUCCUAUUGCAGUUUCAGGGACUGUUAUUGUUUAGACAGUUGACACUUUAACCAAAGGUUAUAUAUGCUGCUAAAAGACACAUUCAUCACUUUUGUAUUUGCAAUCAUCUCUUGAAUACAUUAUUUUUUAAAGUCAAAAAGUGUUUAAUUCCUGGUUUUUAAUAUUGAUAAAAGGCAGAAUUUAAGAAGCUAGUCUUUGGAAGGCCUGUUUGCCUCAGAUGAUGUAUUGAUUAUUUUCCUCAUUAAACUGUUAAUGCGUUUACAAAUUAUUAAUGUCAUGAUAAAUCUCAACUGCAAUACUUGUCUUGAAACAAGAGAUACAUUAUUUUUCUUCGCAACUGUUGGAGGAAAGGAAACAAGCUUCAAGUUGUAGAGACAUUUUAGAUCCCUGCAAAGAAUAAUGUGCCUUUUUAAAAAAGUUAAAAUAUCAUGGAAUUUAGGAGGUGUUGUCAGCAGAUACAUGGACAACGGUCUGAAGUGCAUUUCUGCUUCCAGUCUUUAACACACAAGGUAUUUUUGUUAGAGUGAUUACAUCAUUGUGCAUUUUGAGUUCAACCAUCUCUUGACCAAGAAGGAGUAUUAAAAAAAAUGUACAAAGGCUGAAGUCGAAGCGUGAAGUAGAGCCGAUUUUUCUAUUUCUUCAUCCAAUACUAACAGGUGGGAAUUUGUAAAGAGAAAUAUUUGUUGCUAUUUCAUGUCUGUGUACAUUAUGAAUUACACCAGCAACUUUUUUUAAAAAUGUAAACAUAAGUGACUAUUAAAUAUCCUCCUCCUCA